UGCAACUCCUUGCACGCGUUUCACUUGUGUGCCCCCACAAAGCAGGAGAAUUUAUUUUCCCAGCCAGCGAGUUUAAGUGUUCUUGCUUGUCAUCGCGAAGGCAAUGCCGGCUAGCUCCUUUGAGUUCCUUCCCGUGUGCUUUGAUUGAGUGGAACAGCACUGCCACUGGGCACGCCAUUUCUCCUUUCCUCUCCUCGCUCUAGAUUCACUGCGCUGUGAGCUACGUAUGUUAUAAGCUGCUGAUCUUGCUCCAGAGUAGUGGUGUGUGUCUAAACUCUAGGACCAGCAAUUUGCCACUUGGGCUUCUUUGAGAUUCUUCUCCUUUCUUCAGCAAGAACUUGAUAGAUUGCGUGAUCUUUACCAGUGCAUGCAAGAAACUUUGCUGCCGUUCGAGAUUUGAUUUAUCUCAAUUGCUCUUGCUUGGGAUUUCUGGUAUUUGCAGGCUAAAGUAUUAGAAGUUCUUCUUUUUUUUGGGUUCUUUUCUUUGUCUCUGAUCGAUCAUCAUGGCCACGGCCGCAGCAUCGUGGGCGGUCGAGCAUUGCACCCGAGCAGGAUUUGAGGACGAGCACAAGACGAGAAUUUGCAAAGUUCCUGAUCCGAGCUGCAGCUGCUCCACCAGCCGAGAGGGCAGCCUUGACUCGGAGAUUUGCUUCUCUUCACCACCGCCACAACACCAGGAUGUGGUCGGAGGGUCAAGCAACCAUUUCCUGGAUUUCGGCAUCGAUCAUCACCAGCAGCAUCAUCCACACCCCAUCAACCUUCUCUCGGACCACGAGUGGAUCAACUUCUUGAGAUGGAGGUCGUGGCAAAUCGAGAGCAGCAGCAGCAACAGCGCCGCCGCCAUGCCAGUUGAAUUUCCUCCCAGUGCCACCGACUUUUCCCAGCUCGAGCUCUUCCCUUCGAAUCUGGAACCAGGCCUCUCGCUCCCUCUCACGAGCUUCUCAUCUCAUCAUAGUCACCAGUCGAGCACGGUGCUCGAACAGUUCCCUCAAUGCUUGGAGAUUCCAAGUGCGGCUACACCACUCUCAUCGUGUCCCACUCUCUACGACGAGGCUGGUUACCAGGACCCUUUCCUCGCAGCCUUCUCCAGCUCCACACUACACCACGCCGUCGAUCCGAACAGGAGAAUCGACAAUGUGGAUACCAAUCACGCGCUCGUGACAAGCAAUCAUCCCGGAAUCAUGACUCCUUGUUCCACGGAUCAAGGAGACAAAGGAAUAAUCAGUGGCAAGAAAGCCAAGCCCAGCUCCAGCAGCACAAGUGUUUCCAACGAGAGCGUCAACAGAUCUUCCGUGGUGGACGGCCCCCGGAAUCCGAGAAAGAGGAGAGCUCUGGAGGAUCGUCACGACGCGGCAUCCAGCAAGCAGCAAAAGAAGAUUGGAUCGUCGUCUUCGUCGCCAGCGUGGGCGAUUGAUGCAGCGGUGGCGUUGGGCUCGCAAGAGCCUAUCAUUCACAUCAGCCACGGAGGAAGAACUACUCCCCACGAUCAUGAGCUCAUCUUGCAGCAAAUCGCCGCGGCCUCGAGUAGCAGCGGCAAAGCACCACGGGUUCCAGCGCUCAACACCAAUUUCAAGCCUCGAGCCAGGCAGGGAAGCGCCAAUGAUCCCCAGAGCAUCGCUGCUAGACAUCGCCGGGAGAGGAUCAGUGACAGGCUCAAGAUCUUGCAAGAGCUCGUUCCAAACAGCACAAAGGUUGAUCUAGUGACGAUGCUGGAGAAGGCCAUCAAUUACGUCAAGUUCCUCCAGCUGCAAGUUAAGGUGCUUACGUCGGACGACUAUUGGCCAGGUGGCGCCACGUGGCAAAACAGUAGUAAGGCUGACACAGCCCUAUAAUAACGUCUUUGGAUGGUCCUCCUUCAAACGAAAUAGUUUGUGGGGCAUACCAUUACCUUUUUUAGUUGAAAACUCAAUCCAAUCUGAAGGAUAAGAGAAUUUUUCUCCAUUAAUCGAUCCAUCACUCACACUCUUUUUCA